AUGGUUGGACUCAAUGUUCUGGGGCUGAACUGCGGGACCAGUAUCGAUGGUACAGGCAUCGAUGUUGCCCACUGUCGCAUUUCGCACAUCCCUUCGUCGAACGAUGUGGCAAUAGAAGUGCUGUCAUAUGCUGAGAUUCCAGUCAACCCUGAUCUUCGGUCUCAGGUCUUGCGCUUAUGUCGGCCAAACCAAAAGGAUGCGGCCACGUCAAUGGCUGAGGUGUGCGAUCUGAACUUUGCCCUGGGCAGAGAGUUUGCUCGCGCUAUUCAAGAAUCGGGGAUCGACUUGGCGAAGGUCGACAUCGUGGCCAGUCAUGGGCAGACAUUGUGGCACCAGCCGAAUGGCGAAAACCGGUCAACUUUGCAAAUGGCGGAGCCUGCUGUGAUUGCACAGAAAACUAAGAGAACCGUUGUGUCAGGCUUCCGCGUUGCAGAACUGGCCGCUGGACGGCAAGGUGCACCGCUGGCCGGCUUUUUCGAGGCCUGUCUGCUGUCGGAUCCAGGCGUAGUACGGAUCAGCCAAAAUAUUGGCGGCAUGGGCAAUGCGACUGUCUUGGUCGGGCAGAAGAAAGCCAAAGGUGCAGAGUCGAGUUAUUUUGCGUUCGACACUGGACCAGGCAAUGUCUUCAUCGAUGCUGCUGUGCGCAUCCUGUCCGACAGCAAACAACAUUACGACUGCGAUGGCGCUCUCGGCGCUCGCGGCGAAGCGGAGAUCGACGAGAAGGCGGUCGCUGACUACCUAGCUUCCGAGCCAUACUUCAAUCAGCAGCCGCCCAAAACGACCGGACGAGAGCUCUUCUCCGACGACGUUGCUCGAAGACUCGUAGACCAAAUGAGGGCAUCGGGCAAGUCACCAGAAGCCAUCAUAGCGACGAUAACCCGCAUAACUGCCGAGUCAAUCGCGAGAGCGUAUGACAACUUCGUGGUGCCGCUGGUCAAGGAUGGAGACCAUAUUGACGAGAUCUAUAUCUGCGGGGGUGGCGCAUACAACCCCAACAUACUGAAGCAUCUUCAGGCACGAUUUCCAGAUAGCAAAGUCUUGAAGCUUGAUGAUGCUCCAAUGAAGCUGGAAGCAAGUGCCAAAGAGGCAGUAAUGUUCGCUCUACUCGGCUUCCUGUGCGUUUCUGGACAGACUGUUCCUUUGGCGCAGGGUUCAGAAUCCCUAGAACCCUCCAUCAUGGGCGUUGUUACUCCAGGAGACAACUACAGGGAGCUGAUGAAACAAGUAGUCCAAGAGCCAGACUUUGGCAAUCACGGCGUACUUGGUAGCAUCAAGAUCGUGGGGUCAUAA